CCAUGACUUUUAGGGGCCUCUGUAAAUUCCUAAUUGCAGCUGAAUCAAAUCGUAUUGAAUCAGCUUCAAAUUGGAGGGUUUUAUAUGAAUUACAAAUGUAUCUGUCAUUCUGUAUCGGACUGUGUAUCUAACCUUAGAUGCUUACUGAAUUAACGUUACUGUCUUAGAAAUGCAAUAAGACUUAAUCAACACCGGACAGCAAAAACCAACCACGUGUGUACAAAAGAGGCAGGAGCAACUUUGUGCGUCUCUGGCCUACAAACACUAACGUUUACUUUUCCAUCCCUCUAGGUUAACUAGUUAGCUGUUAACUAGUUUCGCAGCCUCGCACCAACAUGCACAUUAAAGGAUUUCAACAGGUUGAAGAUCGCUAGACAUUUCAUACCAAGCUAACGCUACGACAGUGGAGUGACACAAAAGACAGGCUGAUCACUGACUGAGGAGGAUGAUGCUCUCCUGAAUCUCCCACUUACGACCCCCCACCCCCUUCAUCCUCACCGUCCUCGUCCACGCCACCACCUCCAUCAUGAACCACACCCCCAGCCCCCACCUGUCUGAAGGCGGCAAGUCAGCCAGAGGCGGCCUGCUAUGCAGCCUGGGUCUGGGGUCCGACAGGGGGAUCUGCUCCCCGGACAGCCUCACCCACACCCCCAGCCCCACUGGAGGAACCCCCAGCUCCAGCCCCCCGCUGCUGUUGUCGCCCGGGCUGGGAGGCCUUGGGCUGGGAUCCCUGGGGGCCAUGGGGGAGGGAGCUGGGGCUGACUGGGAGAGCAGGGAGGAGCUGAGGCUCAGGGAGCUGGAGGAGGCUCGGGCCAGAGCGGCCCAGAUGGAGAAGACCAUGAGGUGGUGGUCGGACUGCACCGCCAACUGGAGAGAGAAGUGGAGCAAGGUUCGUGCGGAGCGUAACCGUGCACGUGACGAGGUUCGUCAGCUGAGGCAGCGGCUGGAUACCCUCACCAAGGAGCUGACCAGUGUUCGGCGGGAGCGGCAGGAACUGGCCUCAGAGAAUGAGACACUACGGCAGGAGACGCUGCGCCUCCGCGGCGACCACAUGGCUCCUCCUCCGUCUGCCACUUCUCCAUCUUCCUCCCCUGCACACCCUCGUGGUGCUUCCUCCUCCUCCACUCCAUCUAUCCCUCCCUCCUCCCCUGCCUCCUCAUCCUCCUCCUCUCAGGUCCACACUGACUGCAAGCUGGACAGGGUGGGGGAGGGACCACCAGGGUCUCCAGAGCCAGAACCAGUGAGGGAUGUGGACUUGGAACGACAAAACGUGGGUCAACAAAAGGACUUGGAGGUACUGGAGUCAGUCCUGCGUUCCAGGGCCCCGGAGGGCAACACUCAAGAGGCCUGGGAAAGUCGCGGUGGUAGCAGCGGUGUUAACCUGGCCAGUUCACGCUCAUCUUCCGGUCUGAGCCGGCAGGAACGCAGCAGGCAGCUGUGGGAGGACAUUAGCAUGGUGGAAGAAGACUCCAGUAAACUCAACGCCCUGCAGCUUCGCCUAGACGAGUCCCAGAAAGUACUGCUGAAAGAGAGAGAAGACAAGCUUGCACUGAGUAAGAGCAUUGAGAGGCUGGAAGCUGAACUCAGUCAAUGGAAACUUAAAUAUGAGGAGCUCAGCAAGAACAAACAGGAGGCCCUCAAACAGCUGAACCUGCUGAAGGAAAUGCACCAGGAUGAACUCGGCCGCAUAUCUGAAGACUUGGAGGACGAACUGGGAGCCCGAACCAGUAUGGACAAGAAACUAGCUGAACUACGAGCUGAGAUGGAGAGGCUGCAGGUGGAGAAUGCUGCAGAGUGGGGGCGCAGGGAGCGUUUGGAGACAGAGAAACUUGCCCUGGAGAGGGACAACAAGAAGCUGAGGGCUCAGGCUGAAGACCUGGAGGAGCAACUGGCUAAGAAACGCCGGCAGGCCGCCUCCGCACUUGACACCGACCUCAAGGCUAUCCAGAGCGAGCUGUUCGAGAGAAACAAGGAGCUGUCUGACCUUCGACACAUUCAUGCUAAGCUGAAGAAGCAGUUCCAGGAGAAGACAGCGGAGCUCGCCCACGCCAACCGGAGGGUCGAGAGCCACGAGGCCGAAGUCAAAAAGCUACGUCUGAGGGUGGAGGAGCUUAAGAAAGAGUUAGGACAGGCCGAGGAUGAGUUGGAUGAGUCCCAUAACCAGACCAGGAAGCUGCAGAGGUCUCUGGAUGAGCAGGUGGAGCAGACUGAGAAUCUGCAGGUACAAUUGGAACACUUACAGUCAAGACUGCGGCGGCAGCAGCAGAGUCCUGGUCUGUUUGGAAAGAUGCGAUCAGCUCGGUUCAGUCCUGAAAACCCAGACGGUCCGACCAGUGACAUGGACGAAGAGGAGGAGGAACUGCAGCUCCAGAUCCCAUGACACACACACACACACAUACAUAUAGUGAUACAGGAUAUACUUUUAAACAAACCAGCAGUCACAUAAAGAAGGUGAAUAGUCAAUAUGAAUAUUGUUCCUCUUGGGGGAAAACUUGUAUCUCCAGUGAUGGUAACGCUUUGCAACAGCAACAAGAUCAAACCCAGCAGGAGCGUGAAAGACAUUAACAGGAUGUCCGGACAGUGUAAUACUGAAUGAAAGGAUCUUUCUUCAACUUCCAUCAAACCACUCUAGCAGAGGCCGACUCGUAUCAUCCAUGUACUUACUCAUUCUUACCUCAUAUCAUCACAAGCAUUACAUCUCUUCCAUCUGUGUGCUACUGUAUUCAACAAAGCCUCAACCCCACAUCUACAUCACCAGUAUUACUUUCCUCAUAGCUGUCAGCUUUGAGGAAAAGGCCGUUUAUGUCCUUUUGAGCUUGAAAGUGUUUUUUGAUACAUCACAAGGGAAUAUCUGUCAUUUUAGGAAUUGACAUGUUAGUGAAAUGGUCUGCCACAUUUUAACCAGUAUUUGUGAAGGAGAGCAUUUUUCUUCCAAAUAUUGAAUAUUCAAAGUCUAUUUCUGAUGUAUUUAAAGUUCACAACCAAUGCAGGGAGCACACUACACAACUUUUAGCCUCAUUAUAGCUGCAAGUUGGUUAGAAUUACAACCACAGUAUGUGUGGAGCAAGAGCUUCCAGCCUUACCAAGUUUGCUGUUUGUCACUCCCCAAACAGUCUCCAGUCAAACAGAGAGAAAACCUGAAAAUGGGCCGUUAGCACGAGGGCUGUGUUCAGAUGCACACAAAACCUUUGGCAUGAAAGAACAAUACAAAAGAGGUGAACAGACGCAAAUAAGCUCUAUACAGAACUAGAGUACAAAGUUAUAUGCUUGCUCUGAAAAGGCUUUUCACACAUUCAAAAUCUGGCAACAAUAAUAGGCUAACAGAAUAUGGCACGGCGGCCCACCAGUACCAAAUAUAUAUAUAGCUUCUACUAGCCGAUAAACCAUAGGUUUUGUGGCAGUACACACUAAGAAGUAUGUUUCCAAGCCCGUAACGUGAUCUAAUGUUGCACUCUUGUCUGAAGAUGACAACAGAACGUUGUCUACAGAGCCGAGAGAGAGUAGUAUUGUUACUCUCCGUAUUGAUCUGCCUACCCCUACAGUGAUGGUGUGCAUUUUAAAAAUGAGGAAAGGGACUGUUAAAACAAAAAAUGUCAUUCCAUCAAAUACUGCAGUGUUUGAGGGAAAUCUAAACUAGAUGGAAAAAGAAGUAAAUGGCCUGUAACUGUGUGGCACUUGUAUUCUCAUGUAAAUGUAUUAAGUGUGAUCAUUUCAUGAUGUAAUGUGUUCCCAGCAUGACUGGAGCUGCUCCCUGACAAUAAACAAAUGUCACACUGAAUUUUAGACAAUGUGUACAUAAACAGGAGCUAAGUAAGAGAAUGUACAACAUCCUUGUAAAAUGAACAUGAUAGCGCUUUACAUCAGUGGGAUGUAAUGGGUGAGGGUAGAAGUAAAAUCUCUUCUUUAUUGUUUCUGUGAAGGGGGAUAUGUACCUGGGAAUGUCCACUAAAGGCCAGUUCACAUCAGCUUUUAACACUGCUACAUUUUGUGACAAAGUCUGUUCAUUUCAAUGGAAGUAAUUCUGAGUGAAUUUGAUAUGGUGAACUUUGAUUCAAAUUUGCACGGUUAACCAAUAGCAAAUCGCCUUGACAGUGCUGACCUUAAAGGAACAAACAGCCAGAGAAUCCAAAAUGGAGAUAGCUAUUGUAGCCAAUUAGCUGUGUCACCAUCCACUAUUAUUUAACCCGCCUCUGUCGGAGUAUAAACUGCUUCACUGAAGAGGAAUGGUUUGUUGACAGGAAUCAAUGGAAUAAACUGUUACCUUAUUGUCCCAUUAGCAGCCGAGCUAAGGAGCUUGCGAACUGGCAGUUAGAAAGCUUGAUUUUUCCCCCUUCAAUAACUCUUUAUUGAAUGAAAUGAUGCACAAUCUUGAGAACAAAAUUUACAGCAGGGAGUAAACAGCACAGUACAGAGAAAAUAUAAAGGAGAUCAGAGAGUUAAUGUGAUUGGCUAGCGUGUUCCCAGCUGGUUAGUGUGUUAGCGGUUAGCUCGCCAGAUACAGUUGUGCACCACCCAAUCUCGGAACCCAUCAGCUAUCGUCUGACAACGAUUUAGCCUCUGGGGGCAACAGCCAAUGUUUUGGGGGUUCCGGUGUAGCCAGCGGAUACCCAGAUAAUGGAUAUCCUUACCAAGACUUCCUCUUUCGUGCGGCGGUCAUUGUUUACAGUCAGAGUAGUAAUCUCAGAACCCAUCGGCUAUCGUCUGACGACGAUUUGAAUGCAGAUAAAGAAAAUAAAAAAGCUAAUAAAAAGCUAAUCUCUAGGGUUCCGAGAUUGAUAAAAAAGAUAAAUCAGUUGAUAGCCGAUGGGUUCUGAGAUUGCAUUUCAGCCAGUUCAUUCCACCCCUUUUGCUCUCCGCACAGACUGUUUACCUGCAUAUAACCAAAGCCCGCUCAAACGUGAUUGGUCAAUUGCCCACAGAACUCUGAAACUGCAUAUUCAAAAGCUGGAAAUCAGUGGUAUUGUUCUUUAAGAGGAAGAGAUUUAAAGCUGAAUUUCACUGCUUGAUGCUUUGAAGGUGUAUGGUUUAGCAGUGAGUCAUGUUAUCUUUGGAAUUAGUUUUCAGUCUGUAUAGUCAUUGUAGUGAUGGUCUGAUACUGUUGAAAUGGAAGCUUCCUUUUCAACAGUAUACAGAACUACACACAAGUGGAACCAAACCUUUCCAGACAGCAAAGGUAAAAAUAUAUUCAAAGUUCUGUUGUUCUAUUCUGAGUUUGGUGGUGCAGAUAUGAUUUUUAUGCAGUGUUUAUGCUGCAUUAUUUUAAAAUCCCACAAAUCCCAAGUAUUUAUGUCCAGUAAUUCCCUCAGGACUGUAUUCAGUCAGGGUGAAAACGCCUGAAACCCAGGCCAGUAAAAUUCCUGUAGGCUUAAUACUCACAGGCUCCUUUAAGACGGCCCAUGUAUUCAACAGUAGGGGGGGGGGUUUGGAUACACUCAGUGUUGGACUGAAGAGUUAAUUUAUUUGUAUAAAACCUUAGCUGGGCUAAAUCUCCUGUCUGUGAAACAGCUCCAGACUAGCCAUGGAUAGAUGCAGUUGAGAAAGCAAUAAAACAUUCAUUUAUCUUCACCAUCAUCCACAGUCACUCGGCCUCAACUAUGAUGCUGGAACGGGACCAAGAUAUUUUUAUUGAUCAGGAUUCUGAACUAUUUAUGUUAUUAUGGUUUACUUUUUAUAAAUGAUCUGUACCACAGUGGUUUUGUAUUAGCUCUAUAAAUGUCAACUGUACAUAUAAA